AUGCUCUUAGUCGGUUUCUGCUGUGCUUUCGCCUGCCUGGGAGCUCUUCUUUUUGGCUAUGAUUCUGGUAUAAUUUCCUCCUCGAUCGCCCAGACGGAUUUUGUGAAUCGAUUCGGCGAUGGCACAUUAGCGGACAAUACGGCUGGCGGGAUCGUUUCAUCAUUUACCGGUGGCGCCAUCAUCGGUUCCUUAUCCCUCAGCUUUCUUUCCGAUCGAUAUGGCCGACGUGCUGCCAUCUUCACCGGUUCCCUCCUGGCUUGCCUGGGAAGUGCCCUGCAGGGGGGAGCGAUCAGUGUGGCCAUGGUUAUCGCUGGUCGAGUGAUUGCCGGUCUCGCUGUCGGGCAACUAUCAGCCACCGUACCGAAUUAUUGCUCCGAAGUGGCACAUCCAAGGUUUCGAGCCUUGUUAGCCGGGCUGCAGCAAUGGAAUAUUGGGCUCGGGUUUGUCUGCGCACAGUGGGUCGGCUACGGGAGCUCUUUGGUAAACGGUCCAUUCAGUUGGAGAUUCCCACUUGCGUUUCAGGCAUUGCCUGCUUCGGUUCUCGCCGCUGGGGUGUGGUUCUUGCCUGAAAGCCCCAGAUACCUUGCAGAAAAGGGUGAGUCGAUCAAGGCCCAUGCGGUGCUGAAACGGUUGCACACGGACCAAGAACUGGUCCGAGAAGAAUACACGCGCAUCCAAGACAAUCUUGCAGCCGAACGGCAGUCUCGCAUGGGCUGGAUGGAUAUGUUUCGGCAAGCUUCUCUCCGACGACGAGUGUUGUUGGCAUGUGGUAUACAACUUUUCACCCAGACCUCGGGAAUCAACGUCAUCAACUAUUAUGGGCCGCGAAUCUACGCAUUCUUGAACUUCGGCACCACAAGAUCCCUAUUGAUCAUUGGAAUCUAUGGUGCCCUUGCUCAAGUCUACAAUACCAUAUGUAUUGCAUUUAUUGACCGCGUGGGCCGAAGGAAGCUCCUGAUUCCCUCAAUGAUAGGAAUGGGAGCUGCACUCUGCGUGAACGCAACUCUUGCACAUUUCUAUGUCGACGGCAAUCAACGGGAUCAUGGCCGCAACGAAAACGCGUUGCGGGCCUGUGUCGCUAUGAAUUUCGUCUUCUCAGUAUUUUAUACCAGCCUCGGAUGCCUCAGUUGGAUUCUCUGCAGUGAGGUAUUUCCGACGGCGAUCCGAGCGAAAGGCACUUCAUUGUCGACCUUUACCAAUUGGUCGACGAAUCUCAUCUUCGCACAGUGCUCGCCGAUUGCGCUCUCAAGGAUGGGCUACCGGUACUUCUACAUCUUCAUGGCCUUCAACUGGGUUGCGGCGGCGGUGGUGUAUUUCUUCUACCCCGAGACCCAGGGCCACACUUUGGAAUCCGUGAACGAGUUGUUUGGCGAUUUGAAAAUUAGUCACUCUGCUGGAUCCCCUCAAAGUGAUGAUACCGGCGGCGUAUAUCCCAGGAAAGCGUCGGUCGAAGUCUGUACAGAGUUUUUGACACCAGAUUCGAAUACGGCUGCACCUCAGAGGGCCCACGACCAUAAGAUCGAGCCAGCUUGA